UAUGCAUGCAAACCGGCGCGGGCGCGGUGCCGCUCCCCGCGCACCCCUUGUAUGAUCAGUAAUAAACGGACCGUCGACUGUACUGCUGUGUUUCCUUUACGCUCUCAAAUACCUCACUGGCGACGAAUCUACCCGCGCGUGGAAAAAAAAACAACCGUUAAUUAUGACGACUACUUGUAUUGGAAGUCUUACAGUUUUUGACCAUAAUUCUCAAGAGUGGAAGAUAUUUCAUGGAAGGUUGCAGCAGUAUAUUCUUUUAAAUUCAGUUGAGGAUGCCAAGAAGGCACCGUUGUUACUCACUCAUCUGUCGGAUGAGACCUACCGUCUGGCUACAGAUCUCGUGCAUCCUAAGAAAGUAGAGGAGGUUGCGUAUGACGCUUUAGUCGCAGUGCUGAACAAGCAUUUCUCGCCGAAAAGAUGUACCUUCGCCGACAGGGAGAAGUUUUUCGAGGCGAGAAGGACAACGGGAGAAAGUGUCGAGGGAUGGGCGGCGCGAGUUCGCGGACUCGCCGUGCACUGCGAGUUCGGCAGUGCAUUGGACAAGCUUUUAGUGGAUCGUUUUGUGCUAGGCAUGAACGUAGGCCGCGAACGUGAUCGCUUAUUCGAGCAGGACGCUACUUCGCUUUCGUUUGCGAAGGCUUUGGAGGUAGCACAGCAGGCGGCGAGUGCGCGCCAUGCCCGGGCGACGGCCACGGAGUCAACGGCGGCGGCGCUCGUGAAGGAGGAACCGGUGUACCGGGUGAGCGGGACGAAACCCGCCACCGACCGCGGACGAGAGGUUCGCAAGUGCACCGUGUGCGGCAUGAAAAAUCAUGAUGCGGAGCAGUGUAAAUAUAAGGGUUACAAGUGUCAAAAGUGCGGUUUAGUGGGCCAUUUGAAAAAAGUGUGUAAGGGCAAGUUGUCACGAAUUAAUAAUAUAGUGCAGCAAAAUAGUGAUACUUCGGAUGAGGCAUCGUGCUGCGUGGAGUGCCAAAACUAUAGAUUGAGGUUUCAAGAUUAGUGUGGGAGAAAUGUAGUAUAUGCAUGCAAACCGGCGCGGGCGCGGUGCCGCUCCCCGCGCACCUCUUGUAUGAUCAGUAAUAAACGGACCGUCGACUG